CGCGGAGCGAGGAUCGUCUGCCUCGGGGACGCGUUAGCGCUAUGGCGCGAUGAGGAUAAGGCGCGCGGCGGUUUGCUGGGCCCUACUGUGUCUCGCCGGCAGCCUGGCGGCGCCGCGGCGCCUGUACUGCGAGCGGGCGGACGUCGCGUGGCGCGCCUACCGCGCCCCGGCCGCGUUCGAGGCGCGAGUCCAGUCGCUCGCGCGAGAUGCGGCCACCGUGCAAGUGCGGCGCGUGCUCCGGCGCCAGGGCCGCUGGCCCCACGAGGACGCGAUCAUCCGCCUCAAGCUGCCCCGGGAGCCCCUCGAGUGUUCCGGACGUUUCGAAGUGCCUUUACAGAACCGAAAGAACUAUAUCGUGUUCGCGGAGCGGUCCGGCCCGGCCGCGCUGGCGCUCGGGCCCCCGUUGAGGCGGACCGGCAAGCUCGUGCGCCGGAUCCGCGCGGUCUACAAGGCUGGCUACAGCAGCCCGGCCCGCGUGGAGCCGCUGUCGUCGGUGCGGGCGGUGCGGGGGUCGCGUGUCCGGCUGGAGUGCCGGGCGAGCGCGCGCCCGCCGCCGCGGAUAUCCUGGUACAAGGACGGCAGGCCCGUCGCAGAUAUCGGGUUGAGGAGAUUCCGGGUGCAAAGUUAUAGAAGGCGCUCGGUACUAGUUAUAAGACAUGCCCGGCGAGAGGACACCGCGAAGUACGAGUGCCGGGCGCAGGGGGCCAUAGGACCUCCCGCGAUAGCCGCUGCCAACGUCAGCGUGCUCCCCCCGCCAGCGUCCCAGCCGCCCGAUACGUCAUUAUUGGGAGCGCCAUGUCCCAUGCCGGACCCCGCCUCCUACUGCCUCAACGGGGGCACUUGUUUAUACUUUGAGCUGGUGCAGGAGCAGGCUUGCAAAUGCCCCGAAGGCUUCAACGGGCAGCGCUGUGAGAACAAGGACGUGUCGAACAGAAGCACCCGCAUGGCAAGCCGGCAACAGUAAGCGAGAUUUUGGCGAACGAUUAUGGUGAUCUAGAGGAAACAGAUUCACAAGACAGCAUUCCUGCACAACGACCAGUAUAUUCGACAUUUCGUCAAGACGUCUACAGAGGGCGCAUGAAUCACGGAUUCUUGAUUCUGGCAAAAGGCGCUAAACUUUUUAGGCGUUUACUUACUACAUAGUCAUAGUAAAAGGAGGGGAAGUAGGUUACGUACGUGGCGAUGCAUUGAUACUAUAAUGGCGCACACAUACAAGCCGCGCGCGGUGCCUUUGUAUGAAGGUAACUUACUUCCCCUCCUUUUACUAUACAUAGUGGUAUAAAGUGUUUUCAGACUGAAACUUGAUUUUACACUUUUAUAUUAUUUUUGUACCAUUUACAUUAAUAGGAGGCAUAAUAAACGUAUACCAUUAUUAUUACCUAUUUAAAAUGACCAAAUGUCGAAUAAACUGUUAAUUAUGAUGUUCAUAAAAAUAGUUCUAGUUCAUAUAAAGUGUACAUAAAACAUUGCUUUUACUUGCCAUAAUCACAAGCCUAAAUCCGUCCUAAAUUAUGUACCACCGAUAAAAAGCUUCAAAUUAUACAGAAAUAUACUAAAAUAAAUGCCUUUACCUGGAUAAUAAAAAUACAGCAAUAUUUAACUACUUAGAUAUUAAAUUUGGAGCGCUUUUUGACUGUAUUAAUUGCUUUGUAAAUAUUAUUUUUUGUUAUUAAUGAUUUAUUGUAAAUUAUGUACUUUGCCUAGAUAUCAAGCAAAUUGAUGUUUUAAUGUCGUAAAUACAGACUUACUUACAAGAAUAUUGUGACAUUGACCAUAAUGGCAGUGUGUGAAGAAGCUCUUAUUUUGGUUAAGCGCCAACAAUUAAAAAAUAUCAGCUUACACGCGAAGCUAUAAAAGUUAUUAGUGACAUCUUUUGGAAAUAUGGUUUAGGAAAUAAGCCGAGAUGUGCUUAAGAGUUAAGUAAAUACUCAAUUAGUUUUUUAAACAAAGCUUUAAUUAGGCUUCAAAAAUUAUAGCUAAGCUUUAACCUAUUAAUUUGCUUUUAAAAGUACCUUGGCCUGCAAAUUGUAGCAAAAGAUUAUGAUUUGUACACACUGACAAAAGUUAUCUACAAUCAAUGAUAUUAGGUAUAUUAUGAAAAACGUCUGAGUACAAUAUAAUUUAUAUUAGUUACAUUAAUUGCCUUUUCGGCGUCGAAGUUAUUGACUGUAACAUGGAACGUGCAGGAACUAUAUAUAGGUGGCAGCAUAAAUAAAGAUGGACGCCUACA